GAAUACGGAAAACUGCGUAUAAUCGUAAAUUUUAUGUGGCUAGGAGAACAUCGAACCCACCACCGCCUCAUUCCCCGCUCUUAAAUAUCCGGCCUGCUUUCCACAUUCUAUCACCUAUACCGCAAUCCGCAAGUCACCGAGCAAAGCUUCCGCCUGGUACGCAUCUGAGAGAUCGAUCUGUGCUUCCCGAUCGAAGCGAGAAAAGUAACUCAAAACAAAAUUACAUGGUUGAUAUCGUGGAGGCUCAGAUCCCAACAGCUUUUGAUCCCUUUGCGGAGGCCAAGGAGGAUUCAGGCGCCCCUGGAGCGAAAGAUUAUGUGCAUAUACGAAUCCAACAGAGGAAUGGAAAGAAGAGCCUGACGACGGUGCAAGGGCUGAAAAAGGAAUUCAGCUACAGCAAGAUCCUCAAAGACCUCAAGAAAGAGUUCUGUUGCAACGGCACCAUUGUGGAGGAUACGGAGCUCGGCAAGGUCAUCCAGCUCCAGGGCGAUCAGCGCAAAAACGUCUCUCAUUUCCUCGUCACUGCUGGACUCCUCAAGAAGGAGCAGAUUAAGAUCCAUGGUUUUUAAGCCGCCAUCCCUUUGCCAGACUGCUUGAUUUUGUCGUCCUUGUUUUUGUGUGUAAUAUCGACAGAUUGCAUACCAGCUAUUAUAUUACUUACUACUCGUAUUGUAGCUGUUUACUUGUUUGUUUGAGUGAUUCUGGCUGUGAGUUUGUGCUUUAUCAACAUUUCAUGUCAUGGAGGGGUACAUUGUGAAUUGGAUUUGUAAUCGCAUGCUUUCUUCCUGUUCCAGUAAUAAAUGCGCCUUUCCUAUGAGUCCUUUACUUCUUCUUUGCUCCCCUAAUGUUUAUCUAUGCACAC